AUGGCGCCCGUGGUGUCCAGGAAGCACAUCGACAUCGGACCAUUGAAAGCAGCUCACCUUCCGAUCAUAUUCAUCGUCGGUGGCCCGGGAUCAGGUAAAGGCACGCAGUGCGCAAAGAUGGUAGAGAAGUACGGUCUGACGCACCUGAGUUCGGGUGACUUGUUGAGGGCCGAGGUGGAGUCGAAGAGUGAGCGCGGCACGCAGCUUCAGAGCAUCAUGGCCGCCGGCCAACUGGUUCCGCUAGAGGUGGUUCUCGACCUGCUGAAGGAGGCGAUGUUAGAGAAGGUGAAGGACAAAAAGAGCAAGGGUUUCCUGAUCGACGGCUACCCGCGCGAGGUGAAGCAGGGCGAGAUGUUCGAGAGCGAGAUCAUGGACUGCUCGAUGGUGAUCUUUUUCGACGUGUCUGAAGACAUCAUGAUCCAGCGUUUGUUGGGCAGAGGCAAAACCAGCGGCCGCGUCGACGACAACAUGGACACGAUUAAGAAGCGGCUGGACACGUUCAACAAACAGACACAGCCGGUGGUCGGCUACUACGAAAAGAAGGGCAAGCUAGUGCACAUCAAAGCUGAU